UCCCUGCUCUAUUCCGCUGGGAGUCGCAUCCUACCUGGUCGGGAGGUGUAUUGCCGUCCACACUCCCUUUUCUACUCACCCUAACUCGGCUGCUGCUGAGGUGGGAGGAAAAGUCUUGUCUUGGAUGGAGCUAGUACCGCACGUAGGAAAAGCGAUCCCGAUGGAUUCUUGGAAAGCUUUCCUCUUCUCCCCUUUCCUCCUGUGGAGCCAAAGUAGAGGAGUGAGGUUGCUGUUCUUGCUCCUGAUCUUGCAUCUGGGAAACUGUAUUGAUAAAGCAGAUGAUGAAGAUGAUGAAGAUUUAACAGUAAACAAAACUUGGGUCUUGGCUCCAAAAAUUCAUGAAGGAGAUAUCACACAAAUUCUCAAUUCGUUGCUUCAAGGCUAUGACAAUAAACUUCGUCCAGAUAUAGGAGUGAGGCCCACAGUGAUUGAAACUGAUGUUUAUGUAAACAGUAUUGGACCAGUGGAUCCCAUAAAUAUGGAAUAUACAAUAGAUAUCAUUUUUGCCCAAACCUGGUUUGACAGUCGUUUAAAAUUCAAUAGUACCAUGAAAGUGCUUAUGCUUAACAGUAAUAUGGUUGGAAAAAUUUGGAUUCCUGACACUUUCUUCAGAAACUCAAGAAAAUCUGAUGCUCACUGGAUAACAACUCCUAAUCGUCUGCUUCGAAUUUGGAAUGAUGGACGUGUUCUAUAUACUCUAAGAUUGACAAUAAAUGCAGAAUGUUAUCUCCAGCUUCACAACUUUCCUAUGGAUGAACAUUCCUGUCCAUUGGAGUUUUCAAGCUAUGGAUACCCUAAAAAUGAAAUUGAAUAUAAGUGGAAAAAGCCCUCUGUGGAAGUGGCUGAUCCUAAAUACUGGAGAUUAUAUCAGUUUGCAUUUGUGGGGUUACGGAACUCAACUGAAAUCUCUCACACAAUCUCUGGGGAUUAUGUCAUCAUGACAAUUUUUUUUGAUCUGAGCAGACGAAUGGGAUAUUUCACUAUUCAGACCUACAUUCCAUGCAUUCUGACAGUUGUUCUUUCUUGGGUGUCUUUUUGGAUAAAUAAAGAUGCAGUCCCUGCAAGAACAUCACUGGGUAUGACAUGUAAUAUUAUGCUAUAG